AUGCCCACCCACGACCACACGGCCACCACUGAGGAGCGUGAGCCCCUCCUCAACACUCAAGCUUCCGAACCUCCUACACAGGAGCCAAAUUCUCGUAUACGCACUUGGGCUCACGCUGUCCGACAUUUCAAUUGGCGAAAGCCUACAGCGGGAUGGAUUGCCCCAGUUGUUCUCAUUUCUUCACUAUGCCGCGGUAUGACUAUGGCACCGCGGGUCGAGGUCUACACCAAGAUCGCAUGCCGAGCGGUUCACCAAGCACAAGACACGCACCCGCUGAACCCUAAACCCCAUUUCUACGAGUAUCUGAUGCCGAGAGCCGAUGUAUUCGAGCCGAACUUUGCGGGCGGCGUACCGCCGGGCGCGUUGACGCUGAACUUCUCUGACCCGAACUCACUAACGCUGGACGAAUGUUCCGGUGAUCCUCGUGUACAAGGCCGCGCCGCGCGCAUACAAGCGUCUGUGAAGACGACCGAAAGCGUGCUUAGUGCGAUCACAACGGGCUGGCUCUCACAUCUGAGCGACGUAUAUGGCAGGAAGAAGAUCCUAGCGCUCACCGUUUUCGGCGCACUAUUCAUGGACAUCGUCUACAUAUUGGUCUCCACCCCUAAUACCGUCUUCGGUCAACAUGGGGAGGCCUUCAUCAUACUCGCACCACUCGUAGAAGGUUUCCUCGGCGCCCAAUCAUUGUUUGGCGGCUUGACCCAUGCUUAUGCCGCUGAUUGCACAUCUGGUGGUUCCCGCUCCCAGAUAUUUGUGAUGAUGCAGGGGAUGCUUUAUGUCGGCUUGAGUGUUGGCCCUUGGAUUGACGGCGCUAUUCUGAAUUUGAACCACAGAAGCACCAAUGAAACGCUUUUCGCGGCAUCUAUUGCGGUUGCAGUUGCCAACCUAUUCUUGAUCAUAUUCAUCCUGCCCGAAUCGUUACUUCCCGAACGUCGACUAGGAUCAAACUUCUCCUUCACAAGACGCCGAGAAACGAGCGUGUCUUCAGAGGAAGUUGCACGCGACAAGAGCAGCUGGCAUGUCUUCGUGUACCGAGUGAAGAAGUUCAUUCGCAACUUGUUGAUUCGCCCUAUCUCUAUCUUCUUCCCGAAGAAACUUGACGCAGGGCGCAAAGGCUACGACUGGAAUCUCACACUUGUCGGUAUCACUCAAUUCAUUUACAUCUUGUCUAUUCAAGUGUACAACCUCAAAUACUUGUAUACGAAGCACGUCUAUGGGUGGACUGGCGAGCAACUUGGGUACUAUAUGUCGCUUCUCUAUGUCACACGCGCCAUCAAUCUUCUGCUUCUCCUACCCACUGUGCUCUCUUUCUUCGCGCCGAAGCGACCAUCCAACAAUAACGCGACCCUUCAGAGCCUCUCACAAGCAAUCGUGUUCGAUCGCGCUGUCACCGCUAUCUCGUACUUCACGGAUGCGACGGCCAAUGCUCUUGUCGUGAUAGCUCCGACUUCCAACCAGGCGCUCUUCAUCUUCCUUACCUCUCUCAACUCCAUUACGUCUGGCGGUUAUCCGGCACUGCAGUCGCUUGGCGCUGUUACGCUUCAGAAUAUGGGACGCAGCUCUGAGAUCGGCCUCGUCUUCGGUGCGAUGGGUCUCAUCAAUUCGGCUUCACAUAUCAUCGCGCCCGGUAUCUAUGCUGCACUGUAUGGGGCGACGGUAGCGAAGUUCCCGAAGGCCAUCUUCCUGCUAUCCGCCGUACUGCUCUACCUUGCCGUGGGAGCUUUGAUGCUCGUGCGCUCAAAGAUCAAUUUAUCGCCCAAUGAUGGCGAAUACGCGCCUGCAGCUCAGGAUGAAGACGCGGUGGCUGACGAGGACUCUGAUGCCCUUGACGACGAGAGCCCGCGCGGACGUCGCGAGCGUCGGUCACUGUCUCGUCAUGAGAUUGAGGAGGCGAGGAGGGCUAGUAUCGCUCGCUUGUCUAUCUCGGAGAGCUGA